UUCAUUAUUACUAUAUCGAUUCUCCCUUCGCAUCGAAAUGAAGUUUACAAUCGUCCUGUUUCUGAGCAUGUUGGUGACGUUGGCUUGCACUCAACCAGUGUUUGAAGAGGAAGCAGAAAUUGAAAGCGCAGUGGAUGAGCUCUCUGGCAAGGAUGAAGUUGGGGAAGUGCAGCAGGACGAGACAGUUGUGGCAGAGCCACUUGAACUGGUUGAUGCAAUGGACAAACUCAUUGAACAGGAGCAAGGAAGUGGCGAUGAUCAGACACCCAAGGACUCGCAAAGUCGCCAAAAACGCGCUGUCUGUCGCUGUGUUAGACGUGGACGAAGAGUUGUUUGCGUUUGUCGUCGCAAAUAACCAAGUAUAUAUUACUUAAAAAUGAGUAUGAAUUAUAUUAU